AUGGCUCUUCUGUUUCAAAUUUCCCAAGGUUUAAAUCAGAUUCACGAAAAUAAACUAAUACAUAAAGACUUUCAUAUAGGAAAUAUCUUAAGUAGAGAUAGCGGAUGUGUAAUUUCAGAUUUCGGAUUGAGUAGUUUGUUUAAUACUGAGGUAGAGAAGAAAGGAAAGAUUUUUGGCGUACUCCCCUAUAUUGCGCCAGAGUUAUUGCGGAGCAAGAGCAGCUGCUUCACGCCAGCUAGCGAUAUUUAUGCUUUUGCUAUGAUUGCUUACGAGAUAUUGACAAAUGUGCGUCCUCAUUUUAACAAAAAUUGGAAGGACGAUAAGAACACAAAAGAUUCCGAAUUUUACAAACAAUUUCUAGAAUGUGAAAAGCAUAAUAAGAGUGUUCAAAUUGUUAUUCAAGAUAUUUCACAAGAAGUAAACCUUAAAUUAAAUCAAGAAAAACAGAACGAAAUCAAUCUUCUCGAAUCUAAAUUAGAUUCUUUAAAAAUAUCACUAAAUGAAGUUCAAAAACUUUCUUUUAGUGAAUUUGUUAAAGCAAGGAAGGAGUUUAUCAGGGACGAAGAGAAUGAAAUCCUAAGAAAAAAAAUGAAAGCCAUUAAUGGAACGAUGAAAAAAGAUGAUUCUUUAAAAAAAUUGGUUAAGCAGAUUAACAAAUAUUGUGAUGAAAUAGUCAGAUUGGGGAACGAAAUAACCACCAUAGAUAUUGAAAUCGAGUAUGAGGACUUUGAAGAAAGUUUGAUUAUUGAAAAUUAUCCUAAUUUAACGAAAAUAGAAAUUGCUGAUACCAACAAAGUAGAAAAGUUGACUUUAAAAAAUUUGCUUAGUUUAGAAAAUUGUUCAAUCACGAAUUGCAAAUUGGAAAAAUUAGUCAUUGAAAACUGUCCAAAAUUAAGCGAAAUUAACGUUCGCAAUAACUCCUUGAUUGAACUAGAGUUUACCAAAAAUUUAAAUAGUUUAAUAAAAUUAGAAGUUGAUGGUAAUAAAGAAAUAGUUUCUGGAAUUAGCGAAGAAGAAAGUAAUCGUAGAGAAUUGUUAUCUUUAAAAGAAGAAAAUAAAAAACUAGAAAUAAAAAAUAAGAUAUUAAAAGAAAAAUUUGAAGAAAUUUCAUCAUUGAUAAAAAGUUUGAAAACCAAACCUGUUAACGAUCCAAAAACAACGGAAAUCAUCGAAGCCCUAGAAAAAAAUGUCAGGCAAAUAAUCGAUGAAAACACCAAACUAAAAGAUGAACUUGAACAAUUCAAACCUUUAUUUAAUGAAGAAGCUCCCAUCAUUGAAGCUAGCAAGUUAGGAGAAGGCUCUUUUGGUGAGGUUUAUAAAGGAGUUUGGAAGACUCAGUUUGCUGCAAUAAAAAAAGCUUUUACCAACCCCGCUGAUGAAAAGGAACUUGCUAAGAUAAGAAAAGAAUUAAAGAUAUUAAAGAAUUUGCGUAGUAGUUAUACUAUUCAAUAUUAUGGUGAAUAUCAAAAAGAAAAUGAUAUUUAUAUCAUUAUGGAGUAUGCUGAACAUGGUUCACUAACUAAAUUUAUCACUGAUAAUAAAGAUAAAGAUCAUGAUUGA